UAGUUUUGGUGGAAGAGAGAAAGGUUAUGCGCGGAAUUUUCUUCCUCUUGGUUUUAGUGAACGUUGAUUUUGAUUUUUAAUUCCGUUGUGGUGCGAGAUGAUAUGAAAUUAUAAUUUUUUUUCUCGAUCGCAAGUCGAUGAUCGGAUGAGUGUGCUUCAGUUCUUGCCCCAUAUAUAUAUUUUUGUCGAGUGGUCAAGUUUAUUAGCGAUUUUUUUGUAUGGAAAGUAUGUGUAGUGGGCACCCGCAAAGUAGUCAUUCGUAGGAUUGUCACAUUCCAUCAGUACAUAUGGAUUAACUCUCCUACACGUGAAAUGGAUCAUCUUCCUGAAUUAGAGUGAAGUCAGCCAAAUUCUUAAAGAUGUCCACUGCGUCAGGAGUGGGCGGCGUGUUGGGCGUGGGCAUCGUCGAGGGCACGGGGGAGGACGGCAGCAGCAUCCCCUUCAUUGACGAGAGCGGGUCGUCGUGUGCGUCGUCCAUGAUGGGCGAGGAGGACGACACGGCCUCCCUCAGCAGACUCCUGGACGACGCCGCCUCGAGGGAGUUCAGCAUCAACGGCCUCCACGACGACCUCGCGUCUCUCUCUUGCGGCUACGCGUCUCUCGAUGCCCACAGCGGCAGUCACAGCGAAGGCCGCAGUGGCGCCCACAGCCGCAGCGACAUGGGCAGCAGUGGCGAAUCACAGGAGAAGUCCCGGACAGGGUCGGGCCGCUGGUCAUGGCAGCGGUCAUCUCCGGGCUCAAGGAGGACCUCCAAAUCGAGCAUUAAGUCUUCGGACAACCUGGAAGAAGACGUGCUGGACGCGGACGACGAGGACGAGAAGCCGCCGCCGGCCCUCCCGCCAUCCCUGCCGCCGUGCGACACCUGCGAAGACCGAUCCUCUACCUCAUCCUCAUGCUUCACAGGAACGUCCUCCUCGGUGCUCUCGUGCACCACGUGCGCCGCUGAGUCCGACAACCGACCUGAAACCGACCCGAAGAGUGGUGAUCACCUGACGGAUGACGCGGGACACCCGGUCCCUGCGCCCUCCGAGCACGACCAGGAGCAGGAGCAGGCCCCGCGCAUAACCUGCAAGACGCCAGAUCCGCCCGACUCCAAGAUGAUCAUCCUGAGCAACGGAAACACAACCCCGCACCGCUUGAGCAGCACGCCCGAGGAGGUGUGGAGUCCCGGAGGAGAGCCACCCGUGCCCCUGGUCACUUCCACCCCGGCGCCGCAGGGGAACAACAGCAACGCAUCUACAGUGGAACCCAAAUACGUGGCUCCACAUCAUUACGUCUCCUCCAUGCGGGUGGCGUCCAUGAGAGGGGCGGCUGAUAUGGGCGGCGCCCUCGUGGCUCGCGUCGCUACCUUCCUGAGGACGCAGUACAAGAAUCUUAUCUCCAGCCCCCUGCAGUUACCUUGGUGUCCUGGAUUUAAGAUGAUAGUGAGCGAGUUUGAGACCAGCUUAAUACAAGUACCCUUGGCUGCUCACCUGAAGGUCCCACCAGGAUUGCUCACAGUUCCUUACAUUCUACAGCCACUUCAGCUGUCAUUCACUGAAUCAUCAAUGGGGGACCGCCCAAAACGAGUUUUAGUAGAGGGAGAUCCAGGAUAUGGCAAAUCUACAUUAGCACUGAAGUUAGCCUAUGACUGGGCUACAGAUCCAACAGGCUCUUAUCUAUCAUUUUAUAGUUUGGUGUUUGUCCUGACACUGCGAGAUUUCAGAGGAGGUUCUGUGUUCUCUCACCUGUGUAAGGAGGUCUUGCCAAGACACAUUCUAAGCAAGGAAGCAAUGAAUACUCUAUGGAAUCAUAUGAAAAAGAUUGAAGAUAAGGUGCUAUUCCUCUUGGUUGGAUACGAUGAACUGAUUGAGGAGGAGAGUGGAGACAUGAAUGAGCUCAUUGAUGGUCAGAUGUUCCCCAAUGCGACGGUGGUUUUGACAUCAAGACCUGGGUCCUCCAAGCCCCUCCCACCAUCCAUGCACAGGCGACUGCUCAUUGCUGGUCUUGCCCCGGACCAGACACAUAGGUUCAUCUCCCGGUACUUUGACACCAUAAAUAAACCUGGCAGUGGGAAUGAGGUGCUGUCCCUGAUAUCAGCAAGCAAAGAGAAAUAUGGAGACCUGAUAACAUGUCCCAUAAUGUGCCUGGCUCUGGGUGUCCUGUAUGAAGACCUGGGAGGGAAAUUACCUUCCCGCCUCACAGAUAUGUACAUGUCUCUCAUCAAGCACAUGAUCAGGAAAAACUUGAUCAAGCGAGGGGAACCCAUGUGCUAUGAUGUGCUGCCUGAUAGAUAUAAUAAGUUGUUAUCAGACUUUGGGAAGCUGGCCUUAGAAGCACUCAAGCUGAACAUCCCAUAUUUCACAGCACAGGACCUAAAAACCAAGUGUCAACAUGGAGGAGAAAUUGUUGAGCUUGGCAUAUUGUUAAGAAUGCAGUCAAUGUCCAAGUUGAGCAAGAAGGACUUUUACACUCCUGCACACAAAUCAUUCCUUGAAUUUCUGGCUGCCUUCUACCUAUCUGGCCUUAUUCAUGAUACGUCUUUGCUGCAAAUUGAAAUUGACAGUAUUGCAGAAAAGAUGGAUAUAACUCAUCCCAUUUUAAGACAAAACUCCGGCUUGAUGAUCCUGCGAUACCUAGUGGGACUACUUGGAAGAAACGCACACAUUGUCUUCAACAUUGUAUCUCAGAUGGGAGUUCCUCAGAGGAUCCUUUUCCUCCUGUUGAAAGAAAGCGGCAUGUACCAGAUGAAUGUGUUAGAGGUAUGUAAACACGUAUCAGGCCGGGAACAUGUUGUAAUUCAGACUAAUUCUGCGGAACUAGAAGACUGGGGUCGUUUGCUAUACUCCCCUGACUGUAUGCUGGAAGGAGUGGAUGUGCUGUUGGACUUUGAUGGGAGUUCAAGAGACAGACAUGAGUCGUUUUUCACAUCCAUGUCAUUUAAUGAGAGUGUCAAGAGUGUCAAACUUACCUGUGUCGUUGGUGGGGACUUUGGCGAGUCUGAAGUAACAAGACUUGUGUCAUAUGUGAGAGCUGUGCUCACCAAGCGCCGACUAGAGUCUUUUGAGAUUCAGGUGACAUCGCUGGACGAAGCAACAGCUGAGAUCCUGAGUCCUGUUGUGGACAUGAUUUGCGACACACUCCCAGACUUGGCUCAGGCCCUUAAUAAACUUGUUGUUGCAUUAGACCUGGAUGCUGAACAAGUUGUACAGUUGUGCCAAGUCCUGCAGAAUGCACCACAUGUACAAGUGCUUCAUCUUCCUCACCUGGCUUGUGGUUUGGAUGGCUUGAAGGCAGUUGCACAGAUUGUUGAAAACAGUCCCCUGGUGUCACUCAAUCUUGCAGGGUCUCUCAGCUCUGGCACCCCAGUGGAUGAGCGUUCAACAGGCACAGGAGCCAGCACACCCUCACCAACUAGGGAAGACGCCCCAGCGCCACUCUCUUUUUGGAGUUUCACUGAUGCGCAGGGGAAUACCAGGUCUGUGUUCAACUCUCUCCCACGAUCUUUCUACCAGUCACUUCCGGGCCGGGGGAGAUUGCACUCUCUCUCAGCAGAAAAGAGAAAUUCAGACACAACACUCCUUCAGAAAACGUCUUUCCCGCCACCAGCAUGCAACCCCAUUGUUCAUGCUAAUGGUUUUCAUGAAAUAUUUGCAGCAUUCCGCAACCCAGCCUCAAGAGUUUGCCACCUAAACAUUAGCAAAUGCACAAUGGGGGCAGAAGAUUUGGUGUGUCUUGGGGAAACUGUACGCUUCACCAAGUGCCUUUCAUCACUUAGGAUGGAGGGGCUGUCAAGAAUGGCAGAGAUUAUCCCAGUCCUUAUAGCUUUACAGGAGAACACAACUUUGCAACUUCUUGACCUGACAUCCCCUCAUAUCCUCUUGGGGGAUGCUGCCCUGCAAGUCACUCUUAAUGCUUUAGCUAAGAAUAAGUCCUUAAGGUUUCUCGUCUUGAAUGGCUGGACCAUCCAAGUUGAGAGUGAACGAUCACUGAAGGAGUUGAUCCGUUUUCUUAAUGCAACAGAACUACAGCAUCUUGACCUCAGCAAUUGUCGAGUAAUUGUCACUGUACAUGACGGGGCUCUUGCGCGUCUCUCUAGGCAGGAUGAUGUCAUAGCAGCUCUUCAAGAGUCUGUUCCUCCCUUACAUAACAACACUUUGGCAUUCAUGAACUUGGAUCACUUUGAGGUGACUCUAAAUAGUAAAGUUGUCCUUCGAGGGCCACAACUACUCUUUAUGCUUCGACAUUUCCCCAAGCUUGUUGAUGUCUCAUUGGCAUCUAACCUAGGAGCAGACAUUAUUGACGAUUCCACAACUCACAGGCUUUUCUCCCUCUUGCCGGGAUCCUUCCCCUUUCUGCGAAGAUUGACUCUUGGUGGCUGGGUGUUCUCUCUUGAUAACUGUGAAAAGGUAAUGCGGGCUGGAGGGAAGCAGCUCAGAGGCAGCCAGCUUCGUGAAGUUAUCCUCACUGGCGUUGAAGUACGGGAGUCCAGUGGGACGCCAGGAAUGGAACACACACUUUUACAGGCUCUCACAACCAACCUACAUCACCUGUCAAUCUUGUCUCUUGCUGGCUUGAAACUUACUGCAAAUCAGGCAGCUAUAUUUGGAAAGACAAUACGAGAUAAACUAGCCACCACAACCCUGGAACUGGAAACUCGAGGGUUAGGAUACACCACGGUCAAAGCUCUCCGGCAGGCAGUUACUGAGGGUGGAAGAUAUGAGUUUGACUUCUUGGGUGGCCCCCUAGGAAUCUAUAAAUUGAAUAAAAUUGAUAGAAGAGAAAAGUUAAUUGGGAAAUGGGCCUGCAUAUCCACAUUAGAUAGACUGAGUGAGUUAUAAAAAGAAUGCAAUACACAUGUGAUAUUCUACUGUCUGUAAACCUUACUGUAUACACUCAUGUUUAAGGAUAAAAGAUUUUUUUAUGAA